CACGGUUAAGAUUUUAUGUUUGCAGAUUAUUUUUCAGUUGCGGUAAGAAGGUACUAGAUUUGCUUAUGUGGUAGGAAGAUAGUAAAUUUGCACAAAAUAAAUUACUCGAUCACACAAAAAAACCCUAUAGAUAAAUAACGAAUAAAGACUCCAUCCGUCUUUGUUGUGACUCGUGUGACGUAGCUCCUUGUUAGCAUUCCUGCGCUGUUUGGCUGAGUGAGCUCGAGAAAGAGCGAAUAGGACGCCGUAGCGAGCCCGUUACUCCGCAGCCGGUAAACAACCGUCGAUGCGAUCCUUGCUAAGCAAGGACAAGACUGCACUGGAAAUAUGCUUUCUUUAAUAUGGUCUUUAUAGAUGUUUUGCUGUAUAUUAAAAUGGAUCAAUUAGUACAGAGAGUAGAAGAUACCGUAGCGUUAUUCGGUGAGACUCGAGGAGAUUGUAUUUUUUGUCUUUUGUUCUGUCGGGACGUUUGUGGUGUGUUCCGUUGAAGCAUGCUAGUUAACUGCGCUAACGGGACCGCAGUACUGUUGCUUUUGUAGCUACCGAUCGAUUUUAGAAUAAACUCAUUUGCCAAUGGUAGGGAGCUUUUGUUAGCUGUGAGCGGUAAUAGUCGUUUGUGUGGUUUUCCUGUAAAGAAUAACAUACCGGAUGGCAAUUCUGCUUUGUGUUCUUGGAUAAGCUCGCCUUUUAACGGUGGCUAGCUAGAUAUAAAAGAUUUUGUAUUGUCUAUCAUCAUAAUUUCAGCCUAAGCUACACUGUCGUAUAUCAAGCACAAACUUUAAGAAAUAGAGUUGGAGGUAGAUUUUCUAGCCCACAGCAACGUAAAACAUGGUUAUUACUAAUGAGGGAGAGAAAAUGACUAGCUGACCUUACCAAAGCGCAGUCAAUCAAGCCAUACACACAAGUCUCGUGAUCAAUCACAACUAGGGUUUGGCUUGGAAAUGUUAAUUUAGUCAUAUGUGAAUUGUAUAGAUACCCACACAGCCGCUGAAAUAGAGCCAAGUCGCGAAACUGCUGUCGUCUUGGGUUAGGAAGAUAAGGCUAAUAAAUAAUAUUAAUAAAUAUAUACGGUACUGGGCUACUACCAGUACCGUAUAGAAUGGCCUCUUGGGAUCGUGGAGAUGCUGCAGACGGAGACGGCACCAUGCCGAUUAAACUCUUUGAGGAUCCUGGGCAGGCCCUUAAGUCGAAAAGCCUUCCUGUACUCAACGGCAACCAGACAUUAGAAACAGAUGGCACUGGUAGUCCCCUGCAGGGACACAAGACACUUCUUUCAGAUACGCACGGCGCGCCCCGGGGCGGCUCCCCGUCCAGGACUGACCGCUCCCCGUCCUCUGCCAGCCUGGUUGGACUGGGUUCGACUCGCAGCUCGGAGGCAGGCGCGAGGACCCGCCGCGCCACUUUGUUUCUGACCUCGCACCUUCGUCGCGUCUCCGUAAGGCGCUACGUCCGCGUGAUUUUUUCGGACUCGCGCUGCUUCUUGUUUUAUAUGUGUUACCUCACAUUUAUCCAGUCGCUCAUGGUGUCCGGGUACCUCAGCAGCGUCAUCACGACCAUAGAAAAACGAUACAGUCUGCGCAGUUCAGAGUCUGGUCUGCUUGUAAGCUGUUUUGACAUUGGAAGCCUCCUUGUCGUCGUCUUCAUCAGCUAUUUUGGUGGGCGGGGUCAGAGGCCACGCUGGCUUGCUAUCGGGGGCGUUUUCAUUGCAGUGGGUGCUGCCCUUUUUGCUCUCCCACACUUCAUCUCUCCACCCUAUCAGCUGGAGCAGCUGAACACUACAGGACGAGGAGAUGGACUCUGUGCUAGCACCAAUAGCAGUAGGAGGGAGGGUCCAGAGGCAUGUCCUUGGGACCAGGAAGAGAGUGAACAUGCUCUGUAUGUAGCACUUUUUAUAUGUGCUCAGAUUCUUGUGGGGAUGGGGUCCACACCCAUCUACACGCUUGGACCCACAUACCUGGACGACAAUGUGAAGAAGGAAAAUGCGUCGCUCUAUUUGGCAAUCAUGUAUGUAAUGGGAGCUCUAGGACCUGCUGCUGGCUAUCUGCUUGGUGGGGUUCUGAUCGGGUUCUAUGUGGACCCAAACACUGCUGUGAACAUCGACCAGAAUGACCCACGUUUUGUAGGAAAUUGGUGGAGUGGGUUUCUGUUGUGUGCUGUGGCCAUGCUGCUGGUGAUCUUCCCCAUGUUUGCUUUCCCGAAGAAGCUCCCCCCUCGCCAUAAGAAGGGUGGGAGGAAGAAGAAGAGGACAGAGGAUGAUGAUGUUAUGAAGGAGAAGAGCCAGGCCGUCUCCUCUUCCAUUGGUUUCGGGAGGGACAUCAAAGAGAUGCCGAAGGCAGCCUUACGUAUCCUGAGCAAUGUGACGUUUUUGUUUGUGAGUUUGUCAUACACAGCAGAGUGUGCCAUUGUCACAGCCUUCAUCACCUUCAUCCCCAAGUUCAUUGAGUCUCAGUUUGGGGUUCCAGCAUCGAGUGCCAGCAUCUAUACAGGGUUGAUAAUAGUGCCAAGUGCUGGUGUGGGUAUAGUGCUGGGAGGUUACAUCAUUAAAAAGCUGAAGUUGGGAGCAAGAGAGUCAGCCAAACUGGCCAUGAUCUGUAGUGGAGUGUCUUUGCUCUGUUUCUCCACACUCUUCAUCGUUGGCUGUGAGAGCAUCAACUUGGGAGGAAUCAACAUACCCUACACUACCGGGCCCACAUUGACUCUGUCUCAUCGGAAUCUAACUGCAGGGUGUAAUGUGAACUGUGGGUGCCGGAUUCAUGAGUAUGCUCCUGUGUGUGGUUCAGACGGUAUCACCUACUUUAACCCCUGCCUGGCUGGCUGCAACAGUGUCUCCAACGACAGCUCAGGCAUCAGGAACUAUUCAGACUGUGCAUGUGUGCAGAGCAGACAGGUAAUCACUCCAUCUGGAGGGAAUCACGAGCUGCAGGUGGUCAUUGUGAAAACAUACCUAAAUGAAAAUGGCUACGCGCUUGCUGGCAAGUGUGAGCGCACCUGUGGAACUCUCAUAACCUUCCUGAUCUUCCUCUUCAUUGUCACUCUCAUCACUGCUUGUGCUCAGCCGUCUGCCAUCAUCGUCACCCUUAGGUCUGUAGAAGAACAAGAGAGACCAUUUGCUCUUGGGAUGCAGUUUGUUCUUCUCAGGACUCUUGCCUAUAUCCCUACUCCAAUCUAUUUUGGUGCUGUGAUUGACACCACCUGCAUGCUGUGGCAGCAGGACUGUGGUGUUCAUGGUUCCUGCUGGGAGUAUGAUGUGACUUCCCUGCGCUUUGUCUACUUUGGCCUGGCCGCCAGCCUUAAGUUCCUGGGCUUCCUCUUCAUUUUUCUCACGUGGUAUUCACUUAAGCGGCGUGAGGAGCACACGCACUCGCACACACACCCUAUCUCCCCAUUGGACACAGUCAGCCAGCUGAUUUGCCACGCAGGGGGUCAAAAGGGUCACGCUCGUACGCGCUCCUGUCCUGUCUUCCUCCCACGACCCCCUGAACAUUGUCAUGUUGCAGCCAUGGCAACUGGACAUGCCCUCAGCCGCGGCAGCAGUUGCCCCGGCAAUGGCUUAAAAGCAAUAACUCCGCCCAUCAGGUCUCUGGAAAAAGUGGUGAUAUGACUGCAGAGAUAUCCACACACACUUACAUAUCUAAGGACAUAGAGGGGCAUACGUGAAGACCAGGUGGAGUCUCGCCACCUCCACUAUGUCCAGGUAUGAAGAAUGCCCUGCACAGAGCCAUUGCUGGUGCCUUUUUCUUUUGACUUGUGCACACACACAGUUUGGGACACACUGGACAUAAUACCUCAACAGGACAAGUACCUCUCUCAUUCUCCUUACACACAGUCUUACAUUCUACAGGGCCAGUACUGUACUUUUUCUCCUUGUUACACAUACACACAGUAAACGAUUCCAUGUUAAGUAUUAUUCUUAUUGUUUUGUGUGCACACAUACUUGUCUGUUACCUUAUUCUAUUGUCAUUUGUCAUUCUCUUCCUGUGGUGGUUUGUUUUGUUUUUUGUUUUUUUUCCAUCUGUAAGCAGUACAAUGAGACUGUAAAGGUGCUGCAGAGACUCUCAAACCUGUCUUGCCCAUCUGUUGAUUAGUGAGAUGGUCCAUUCUUUUGUAACCUUUAGUAAGGAGGGAUGAACUGGAAUUGAAACUGGAAGCUGUACUAUGCAAAUUCUCCUUUCCCACUCCAGUGUAUGAAUUUAGCCAAACAGAGCAGUGGUACAGCUGUGAAUGCUGUCCAAUGCCAAAUGCUGAGUGUGUCAAUAUUUAAAGUAUUAGUGGCUGUAUGAAUGCAGAUCUUCACUUAGGGAUCAUGUCUCUCCUACACUGGAUGUUUCAUCAGUGUUUGAUGUCUAAAUUAAAGGUAUUUUGAUUAAAACAAAAA